UUCUAAGGUGUUGUCAUCCGCUUUCUUGGGUUUGGUGUUCAACGUUGGAUAGAUAAUAUUGACAAUGCGGCUCUAACAGCAUUACUAUUCCUUGGUUUCUGUAGGUGGUGGAGGGGUGUAUUAUCUAUUUCUCUGAUACAACGUCAAAGAGAGAUAGCUAAGUCACCCAUAAGUCAGAGAAAACUCCACUUUGAACAGAAAGCUAACCUGUUAGCUAUGGAGGAGAGGAAGGAAGAGGGAGAAGCUGAAAUCCAAGAACACGGCCCCGAGCACUGGUUCUCAAAAUGGGAACGGCAGUGUCUGGCAGAAGCUGAACAGGACAAUCCUAAUGAAGAAGAAAGGGAGCAAAGUCAACAGAAACUGUGGCACCUCUUUCAAAACUCUGCUACCGCCGUCGCACAGCUUUACAAAGAUCGUGUGUGCCAGCAGCAAGGUCUGUCCCUCUGGGUGCCCUUCCAGAAUGCAGCCACUGCUGUCACUAACCUGUACAAAGAGAGUGUGGAGGCCCACCAGCGGAGCUACGACCUGGGUGUUCAUUUAGGUCACCAGCGCAGGAAUAAGGAGGUGAUUGCAUGGGUUAAAAAGCGACGAAGAACUAUUAGACGAGAAGAUCUCAUCAGCUUCCUCUGUGGUAAAGUUCCACCUCCGCGGACAGCUCGCGCACCGCCUAUUGUUGCUAUGGUGUCUGCAAGUCGGCCAUCACCGCCAGAGACAGACAGCUCUGUGGAAGCAGAUCUGCAGCCUUUCAGAGAGGCUAUAGCCCUGCACGGUCUGAGUGGUGCUAUGGCUAGCAUUUCUGUGCGCUCCGGCCCUCCAGGUUCCCCGACACAUCCUGCCCAGUCUCUCAGUCGACGUAGGAAUGGUCUCCACGACAUGGACCUGAACACCUUCAUAGCUGAGGAGAUGGCACUUCAUUUAGAUUCUGCUGCCACUCGUAAACGAGGCUCUGCACCCCACAGUGACGUCAUCACAGACUCACCCACUCAUAAACGGAACAGAAUGCUCUGAACUGAACAUCGAAUCCUUAGCUGUUCUCUCCUUGGUGGCCGGUCAGACAGACGAUGAGGACUGAUGCCUUGGCUGACCAUCAAACUCUUCCUCUUUAGUUGCAAUGUUAUGAAUAAAGAAAAGCUUGGAUAUUAUCAGCCUGCAUAUUUAUCUCCUUCCUUAUUUUUCCAUCCCAUUUUUUUGUAAGAAAUGUCACUCAUUCUCUCCAUUGUAAAGUUCAUUUUAUGAUUUGUUUUACCCUCAGUAUUCUGAUACAAGCACUCAUUGCUCUUUAUAUCCUUAAAGUGCAGAAUAUUGCAUUUGAAUAUUUCUCAUUGUGCUUAUUUUUUCUCCAAAUCAGAUGAACCAAAUUUAUUCCUUCUGUUUUCAGCUUGCAUCCAACCUCUUCCUGAUCUACUCUUUUCUGCAGGUCAGUAUCGGGGGUCUUCAGGAGUCUGAACUGCUGCUGCUGUUUGGCUUGACUUAAAAAUGCCACAUAGAUUUUACUCUGCUGCUGUUUCAUGUUAGCCUAUUUGACAGCAGAACUGCCACACUUACUGUAUCGUACGUGUCUCUGCCUUUAAGAAAGCUGCUAGAGUAUCUGGUUGUGGUGCAACAGUGAGCGUGUGCGCACACUUGUUUCCUCUGUUAUUGGCAACACCCUACUGUUUACUCUUCAUUUAUUUACUGAAACAAGAGGUUAUUGCAGCACAUCGGUUGAAUUUACACAAACCAGUGGGCUGAUGGGAUUGGUAUGUUCUUAAAAAACAUUCUUUGAUAAAAUCCCCUCAUUUUUUGUUAUUAGCAGUUCUAUACAUUAACUGCACUACCAUUCAUCAACAGAAAGCCAUUCAGAGUUUCUAAUUCCAUAUGGGUGCAUCUUGGUUCUUGUUGCAUUGCAAACAGUAACAGUGGUCAAGACAUGCAUUUGACCUGCUUAAUGUUUACACUUAACCCAUAGUUAGAUCAUAGUAUUGUCAUUAUUUUUUGUUCCUUAAUUUUCAUGAUGUGCAACACUUUCAUACUCGUGAUUUCAGCUUUAAACCUAGAAGGGGCCGGUGGCUGUGAGAUUAUAUUUUGUUUAGCCAGCUCAUGGAAUAAUGGGUGUGUUAGUUUGGCAAAAACACUUGUUUUUUCCUGAUUUCACACACUGUUUUGUGAUACAAUCUUGUGUAAGCAUGUAAAUAUGUAGGUGCAGCUAUGUGGUACAUAUUGUAAAAAGAAGUGCUAAUCCAUUGGGAAGUCCUUGUACAAUGAUUCUAAAAUUAAAGAGAAUACAAAUGUU